CAGUAAGUGGCAGUAAACAGAUUCAAAGCUGAGACUCGCUCAGUGAAUCAUAAUAGAAGAAGCCUUUCACGCAUUCGAGCUCUUCAGAAGAGUUGAUCAAAAAUAUAUUUAAGUAUACCAGUUUUUUGUUUAUUCAACGGAUUUACUUUUGACAACAGGUGAGGAACUUACUUUACAAGUUUCAUUUGACCGACGACGAUAAAACUGGUCAGAAUGGCAGCAGACUGGGUUGGCUGUCUUGUUUCUAUCCACUGUGGAGCAACUUUAGGAGUGUAUCAAGGAGAAGUGUCUUCAGUAGAUCAGACCAGCCAGACCAUCUCUCUCAGACAUCCCUUCCACAAUGGAGUCAAGUGCACUGUGCCCGAGGUCACCUUCAGUGCCAUGGACAUUAAAGAUCUCAAAAUCCUGGAGAUCCGUAAGAGCUCCACUGAGGUCCCAAAGCAGAAUGGUCCAGACACCAGCUCCACAUUGACUCUCGUUGGCGGACGCAAGGAUAUGGGUAGUGGUGGCGCCCUGGUCAGUAGCACUCCUGUGAUGGUCCCUAAUAAAACCGAACCCAAACCACAGGAAGGAGGGGUGUCUCCGGUGCCACACUACUCAAAAAGUUACGGUGAACGUCACAUGGACAUGGCUGUCCAAAGUAAAGGCUUUAGACGAAGACACAACUCUUGGUCGUCUAGUUGCAGAGGCCCAAAUCAGGCCACACCCAAAAAGAAUGGGUUGAAGAACGGAGGUCAUAUGAAGAACAGAGACGAUGAGUGUUUUGGAGACGGUAUGGACGAUGUUCCCGAUGAGGACUUUGAUUUUGAGGGGAACCUGGCACUGUUCGACAAGGCUGCAGUGUUCUCGCAGAUCGAUUCGUCAGAACGCCGAGGCAACGGCGCGAGAUCUCGAGGAACGCCUGGAGAGCAAACGCCAUCACGAUACCGGCACGACGAGAACAUCCUAGAGGCCAAACCCGUCGUCUACAGACAGAUCAUGGUUCCACAGAAUGGAACCAAAGAAUAUAGCACUGACUCAGGGCUGGUGGUACCCAGCAUCUCUUUCGAGUUGCACAAGCGUUUAUUAGCUGCGGCAGAAAGUCAUGGUCUCUCUCUGGAGCGCAGGCUUGAGAUGACGGGCAUAUGUGCGAGUCAGAUGGCCCUCACGCUACUUGGAGGCCCGAACAGACUUACCCCAAAGAAUGUACAUCAGCGGCCCACGGUGGCCCUGCUGUGUGGACCACAUGUCCAGGGCGCUCAGGGCAUCAGCUGUGGCCGUCACUUGGCCAACCAUGAAGUGGAGGUCAUCCUUUUCCUGCCAAACUUCGUCAAGAUGUUGGAGGCAAUCACCAGCGAACUUGCACUUUUCGGGAAGACGGGAGGCAAACUGGUUUCUAAUGUGAAAGACUUGCCCAAGACGCCAGUUGACCUGGUUAUAAACUGCCUGGAUUCGCAUGAAAACGGAUUCUUGAGGGAGCAGCCCUGGUACAAGGCCGCCGCCGACUGGGCCAAUCAGAACCGAGCCCCGGUACUGAGCAUCGACCCUCCAGUAAGUGGACAGGCACAUGCUGUGGAAGCAAAAUGGUCACUUUCCCUGGGCCUCCCGCUGCCUCUUUCCGAGGGGGCCGGCAGAGUCUACCUGUGUGACAUCGGCAUUCCCAGACAGGUGUUCCAGGAAGUGGGGAUCAAAUACCACUCCCCCUUCGGAUGUAAAUUCGUCAUCCCGCUGCACUCCGAAUAAGCCGUUGACUUUCACGGUCAAGGCUUUCUGAACCUGCCUUAAAGAUUUUAAGAAUGAACGCACCUCGGUUUGAAUGUUGCAGCAGAACUGGUCAGUCUGUAUUUUUCUCAAGUUCUUCUAUACUUCUGUGAUUAUUCUCCUCAAAGGGAAGUGACGGAAACAGUACCAGCUCUUGUGACAAACCUGAUAUGUUAAAAGCAGAACCAACAUCAGUAUACUUGCCAUCUGAUGCAUUCUAACAGUCUUACAAUAAUCUUUCAAACAGCCGUUUUAAUACACAAGGCUGAUUUAUUUAUUAAACUUUUUUUGGAGGGGGGGGUGAGUAAACUUUCAUAACCCAUUAAAUGUGCAGUUAUGUCACAAAAACAGCAACUGGCUUAAACUUUCAAAUAAAAAUUUCCCGAUAAUGUACUCGGCCCCAUGUCAUCCAAGAUGUUAACGUCUUUCUUUCUUCAGUCGAAAAGAAAUUAAGGUUUUUGAUGAAAACAUUCCAGGAUUUUUUUCCUUAUAGUGGACUUCAACAGCUACCAGACAGUUAAAGGUCAAAAUGAGUUUCAGUGCAGCUUCAAAGCGCUCCACACAAUCCCAGAAGAGGAACAAGGGUCUUAUCUAGCGAAACGAUCGUCAUUGUAAAAAAUAAAUAAAAUAAAAGCAUAUGCUUUAUAAACAGAAAUACUCUGCUUGCACUGCUCUGCGAUGCACGUCCACGACUUGACGUAAUACAUCAUCACGUUGAAAAGGUCACGCGUGACGUAGGCAGAAGUACCGACUUGGUGUUUACAAGUCGAAGGUACAAAGACGAAGUCAAACGCAGUUUACAAAAACAUUUUAUGUGUGUCAUUGAACAUACAACAACUUUCAAACGGUCCUCCUCCUCCACAUUUGUAAACACUGAG